CAUCGCUGUCAGUGUCAGCUGUUGCUUAUUUAUAGGUAUUUUGGAAUUUUGUGUAUCGUGGAACUAUUAAAAGUUUUUAAAUAAUUUCAGAAAUAGAGAAUAUACAUCUUAUAAACUGACUUUCAGAUACAACUGUAGAUUUAAAAACACAGCUAAAGUAUUAUAGAUGAUUGAAGAUUGAUUAGUUUAUAAAAAAACAUACGAAAUGAGUGCGAUUUUUAACUUCCAAAGUUUACUAUCUGUUAUACUGCUGUUAAUAUGUACGUGUGCUUAUUUGAGAUCAUUUUUCCCCAGUUUGAUGGACAGAAAUAAAACCGGCCUUUUAGGAACAUUUUGGAAAUGUGCUAGAAUUGGAGAACGAAAAUCACCCUAUGUUGCAGUUUGUUGUGUGAUAAUGGCAUUUACAAUUCUAUUUUUAACGUAA